AUGGCUUCAGUGCGUGUAGCAGUCCGAGUCCGUCCAUUGAACAAAAGAGAAAAGCAAUUAUCAUCUAAGGCCAUAACCUACAUAAAAGGGAACAAGUGGGCUGCUCUUUUGUUAUUCUAGCCUUCAGCUGUUCGAGGAGAUGAGCUGAAGGACAGAGUGAAGACCUUUUCUUACGACUUUUCAUAUGAUUCAACUGACAAAGAAUGCCCCGCAUUUGCAUCCCAGGAGAGGAUUUUCCAUGACUUGGGGUCUUAUGUCCUGAAAGCUGCUUUUGAGGGUUUCAACGCCUGUGUGUUUGCUUAUGGCCAAACAGGCUCUGGAAAAUCUUACACGAUGAUGGGUCAUAAAGAAGAUAAAGGUUUAAUCCCACGGAUCUGCGAAUGCUUAUUCUCAGAAAUAUCUCAGAGAAGCAAGUCUGGUGCCCUGUCUUUCCGUACAGAGGUUAGCUUUUUGGAGAUCUACAAUGAACGUGUGCAAGAUCUCCUUAAGAAGACACCCACAGAUUGUGGAGGCUUGAGAGUGAGAGAGCACCCGAGGGAUGGACCUUAUGUAGAGAAUCUGUCCAAGCACUUGGUGCACAAUCAUAGUGACAUGGAAGAGCAGAUCAUUCUUGGGAAUGCCAACCGCACCACAGCCAGCACAGGGAUGAAUGACUUCAGCAGCCGCUCUCACGCCAUCUUCACCAUCAACUUCACUCGGGCAUGGUUUGAUGCAGAGAUGCCAUGUGAGACGCUGAGUAAGAUCCACCUGGUAGACCUGGCAGGCAGUGAGAGAGCUGAUGCCACACACACCACAGGCACCAGGCUGAAAGAAGGUGCCAACAUCAAUAAAUCCCUGGUCAUCCUGGGCAGUGUUAUCUCAGCUUUGGCUGACCUUAGUGUGGGAGAACAAACAACAAAAAAGAAGAGGCAGAUCUUCAUUCCUUAUCGAAACUCUGUUUUGACUUGGCUACUUAAAGAUAGCCUGGGCGGAAACUCAAAGACUGCUAUGAUAGCAACCGUUUCUCCUGCUGAUGUGAACUAUGGGGAGACCCUGAGCACAUUGCGCUAUGCCAGCCGUGCUAAAAACAUAGUGAACUCUCCCACGGUGAACGAAGACGGCAACGUGAAGGUGAUCAGAGAGCUGCAGGAAGAGAUCACCAGGCUCAAAAGGCUACUAGAAGAAGCCAAUCAGGUUACCCGCAGGGAGCUGUCUUCCUCUGUGAACGUAGAGGAGGAACUGCAUCAGAAUGAGGCAAAGGUACGAACACUGACCAAGGAGUGGACAAGCAAAUGGGGGGAGUCUCAGAGUAUUCUCCAGGAGGAGACGGUGGCUCUGAGGAAGGAGGGGAGUGGAGUAGUCCUUGACUGCCAGUUACCUCAUCUGAUAGGCAUUGAUGAAGACCUGCUGAGCACUGGCAUCAUCCUCUAUUAUUUGAAAGAUGGCAGAACCCUAAUUGGGGGUGAGAAAGCAUCAUGCAGUCAGGGUUUUGUGCUUCAUGGGCCUGGACUCCUCUGUGAUCGUUGUGUGUUUGAGAACUGUGCUGGAACUGUGACUCUGAUCCCUCAGGAUGGUGCACAGUGUUCAGUCAAUGGCUCUGUGGUAACUGAACCCUGCCAGCUGACUCAGGGUGCCAUCAUACAGCUUGGGAGAGGAACCAUAUUUCGAUUUAACCAUCCCACAGAAGCUGCCCAGCUCAGAGAGGAACAACAGAGUGGCUUGCUGUCUGCAUUAAACCUGUCCUUGACUGACAUGUCCAAAUCUACAGAGAAUCUGACCAAGGUGAUGCUACAAAAUACAAGGAGGAUGGAAGGGAAGCUCAACCAGCAGGAGGUGGGAUGGCAGCAGGUCCAAGACAGCCUGAACAGACGCAACCGGGACAUCAAAAGGGUUUCAAAGGAAAACAGUGGGGCUCCCCUUCAAAACACAGCUGAUGAGAUGACAAAAGGGGAAGAGGUAGAAGACACUGGCAAUGGCCAGAUGGAUGUGCUGGCUGCUGAGACAGCUGUGUCCAAACUACCAAGCAGCUAUGUGACUUCUGCCACAACAGACAAGCUCACCACUACAGCCAUACCUGAAAAAUAUCCUGUCCCUCACACUAGUUUUGAGUUGGAUGGAGAAGUACUACAGGGUGGGGUAAGCACCAGAGAUGGCCAGGAGCAGGAGAGGGACUUGUGUCAUAAAUCAGAGCCAGAGCUCAUGUCUGAGCAGCCUCAGAGGAAAGCUGAGAGUGGGGCUGGAGUCACAAGUUAUAAGGUAGAGGAGGUUUGGUCAAGGGAUGCCAGCCUCCAGCAGACAAGUGUCCUGGGCCCGGUUGAUGGAUGUGGCAUGAAGCCAGAGGGGAAUGCUAACAAGAUCCAAGGUGUCGUGACUGACUGGUACAAGGGGAGAUCUGGCUCUAGUGGGAGCUCAUUAAGCAGCAUGUCCCCCCUGCAGAGCAUAGGAGGAACUUGCUCCACAUCAGUCCUCCCACAGACCAGCACUCAUUCUCAGCUAGAAAAAAAGCCUCUCAGCAGUCAAGCCGCCUGUUGUCCACCUGAGGAAAAUACUUUCGAGGGCCGGUACAGCUGUGGAGAGAUGGAUGAAUCUGGAGAUUGGGAGGAGAGCCCGGACAUGUGUAUGACAGAGACUGCAGGAGCUGCCGUUCAAAGCUCAGGGCUGGGCUCUUUGGCCAACAGAGUUUCUUGGAUUGUCCAGGAUGCAGGGCGCCAUCUUUGGAGUUCUCCCACAGUUUCACAGCAAGUCAAAGAGGAGGGAAAAAAAUUACCUGUUGGGGCACGCUGGUCAAGUCAGGUCAUCUCUCUAGUCAAGGAAAGUAAGGUCAUGUCUGUAGUGAAAGACAGCCAAGUCUUCUCUCUGGUUAAAAGGAGUUAUGUCUUCUCACUGUUCAAGGAUAGUCACAUUUUUUCCAUGCUGAAAGACCUACCACUCAUACAGCAAAUCCAGACUGAGAUAAAUCAACACCUUCAGGCUGAAGAGACAGCUAGAAUUAUUCAAGGCUGCAUUAGUCCUCUCACUACACAACUCCCAGUCCUGUCCCCGACUCAGAAUUUUAUCGAAGCAGAAGAAAUGCCGGAUGACAUGCGGCUAAUCCCAGAAGAUAUCUGGACGAUGAAUAUGAGUAUUGGGGAUCUGCAGUUACCGCAAGAGCAGGAUGUGGCUGAUAUUAAUAUAAAAAAAGGAGACAAAACAGUUGCAAAGAAACACACUUGUGAGCCAGAGGUUACACAUUUACCUGCAGACAAUGGCCAGGCAUUGGAGAAUUCGGUGACUGUGCAGAACAAAAAUGACAUCCAAAUCUUAUCUUUAUCAUUGAUAGAAUUUCCUGAUGCUCUUGUGAAUCUGAAAAAUCUGCCAUUGCCAGACCUGGUUGCCUCUUUGCAGUCUGUUAUCUCUACCUCAGUGCUCUCCUCCCAGAAGAUUGUAGCUCUCUUUUGGUUGAAUGUGGCUAAAUGUAGCCAACCUGAACCUUAUCCUGCGCUCUUGAUCCUGAUGGAGACAGGCCUCUAUACACUGACCUCUGACUCUGGGCUUCUGGUGCUUUUCCAUUAUCUCCCCUUGUUGCAGCUGAAGGAGGUGCAGAUAGGCUUAGCAGGCCACAGUUUGCGUUUGAUGGGAUCUACGGAGGAGAGCAUUUUAGGUUUGUACACCCACAACCAGGAGCUUACCAAGGAGCUGUGCUGGGCCAUACUUGGUGUCAUCUGCCCUGGGGACAGUAGGGUCUCACAGCACCCGCUUCUCUGCAAAGAUUUAGUGAAACUCUCUCUAGAAGGGCAGGCUUAUUUACCUGACCUGCUGCUGGAUGCUGGUUUAAGGGUGUGCUGCCAGUUUCAGAAAAGUCUUGCAGACCUGGUUUACCUCCUUCAUUGUAACAUGGAUCAACAACCUGUCGCUCUGGGAGAGGUACAGCUGCUACUGUACACAAGUGUAGGGGUGUGCGUUGGUUCCGGUAGCCGCACUGCACCUCUGGCCCAGCUUUUACUUACUGAUACCCACCUUGGUCUGGUGCAGGAGGACAUUGUCUUUCACCCGACUCCACGCUCUGUCACCAUAGAGACCUGCCGGUCACAGUUCCACGAUUUAACUCUUCGUCAGCGCUCAGAUGUGCGAUGCGUGCUGGUGCAUGAUGAAGACAAGCAUGGAGCUGUCACACUGGAUGUAAUCCUUGCAAAUGUGAGGGCCAGGGGUCACCCUGAAAGUGCAGCUAUCCUGCCUACACAUGCUUCAAAUUCAUCUCCCCAUGCAGAAGUGUGGAAAUUAACUUUCAGUUGCUCCACUGAGGCCACCUGCCUGAUUAAUCACUUGUCAAAUGUCUGA